UAAAGAACCGAUUGGCCCAAAUUGUAUACGUUAUAACAGCACACAUUUUUGACCCAGAUGGCCUUCCAUACUCGCAGAAAUUUUGGAAUACAAAAACUCAUUGAGCAUGAGCAGUACAAAGCAGAGGGACGAAGCUGUCGCCAUUUAGGACCCAAAACAGGACAUUAUAAACUAAAACACAACGCAGUCAGAGCCAACAUGGAGAACACUGGUAUCCAGUUUCAUAACCGCCUCUUCUCAUCGUGAUGCAGACAUGCUUCGACAGGGAGGUCAGCCAAUCACUUUCGCAAGCUGGGUUCAGAGAGUUUCUACAGCCAAUAAUAUGCGACGAUUACAAUCAGACACGCCCACCACUGUUGACGCUUUUAUUUCGUUCCAGGAAAUUGAAACGUUUGUUUUGUUUCUGUUGGAGAGAGAGGCAACUGUAGCCGCUGCUGAUUUUACAGCAUUUUAUCAUCUGCUGUUGAGUUAAAAUGUUUUUUUGUUAGUUUAUUACCUGCAUUGAGUUCUGAAACAAAGAGUCCCUUUUUCUGUUUUAUUUAAGUACUCAGACAGACUGGAGCGCGAAAGUUACUCCUUGGAAAAGUAAAAAGAGUCUGCUGUUUGUUUUCUUUCUUUAUCACACUAGUAGUGCUGAUUUUAUAUGAACGGGAAUUCUUAAAACAAAUAAUACAUUAAAAUCAAACAGGAUUCUGCUACUCGAGUCUCAAGCUAACAGUCAGUGAAGAUGGACGUCAGUGUCUCCGUGUCGUUCUUUCAAGACGAGCUCGCCUCUACCAUCGAGCACGCAGUGAAAGCGGCUGUAGACACCGUCUUGUGCCAAAUCACAAAAGUUGUCGGCGGCAAAUUCACUGAAUUCCAAAUGGAAAUGGCUGGAAAGGAGAAAGAGAAUGAAAGUCUGAAGCUGAGAUUGGAAAUAUCAGAGAGCGAGUUGAAAGCAGUGCGGGAAUGCAUGAACGCUGCAGAUGCAGACAUUAAACAACCUCUCAGAAACAUGAACCCCGACUGCAAUGAACAAGACUUUCAGAGGAACGAGAACCAGGGAUUAUUUCAAGAUCCCAAAGAGAGGCAUGCUAUGUCUAAAUUUGAAGCACAGAAGAGGCCAAGGAUAGAAGCAGUUUACGCACAAGAGGAGUCCUUUGACCAGGAGUGGUGUGCCAGUCUAAAGCAGGUUACAGAGCUGACAUGUGUUAAAGAUGAAGAGGUCCCUCGACUGGAAUGUGUUCCUAUUAAAGAGGAAUUCAUAGAACAGGAAUGUGCCCCCAUCGCAGAGGAAGUUCCUACUGAAAUUAAUGUCUUUACACUUGAGGAGAACAACCAGCUGGGAUCCAGUCUGUAUGAUGAUUGUCCUCCUGAAUGUGAACUGGGAUUUAGAGCUGCUAAAGAGAAUCACACAGGUGGGACUCCAUUUCCCUGUGCUUAUUGUGGGAAGAGUUUCAGUCGUUCAUCACAGCUUAAAAUCCACCAGCGCGUUCACACAGGAGAUAAACCUUAUCACUGCAAUGAGUGUGGGAGGAGUUUCACGCAGUUACAAAAUCUUAAAAGACACCAGCGCAGCCACACAGGAGAGAAACCUUAUUGUUGUACUCAGUGUGGGAGGAGUUUUGCUGUGUUACAAAAUCUUAAAAGACACCAGCGUGUUCAUACAGGAGAGAAGCCUUAUCACUGCACUGAGUGUGGGAAGAGAUUCACACAGUUAGGACAUCUUCAGUCACACCAGCACAUUCACACAGGAGAGAAACCUUAUCACUGUGCUACAUGUGAGAAGAGUUUCACAUAUUUAAUUUCCUUGAAAACUCACCAGCGGACUCACAAAAAAUAAAUCUUAUCAAUGCAGUGAAUGUCUGAAGAGUUUCAGCCACUUAUAAGCCCUUACAAGACACCAUGAAAUUCACAGAAGAGUGAAGCCCUAUCCCUGCACUGAAUGUAGGAAGAUGUUCGGUCAGUUACAGGGUCUUGAAGGACACAAAAAAAUUCACAGAAUUUCAGCCACUUGAGGACACCUAAAAAUCAGAAGAAUAGAUUUGACUAAAAUGCAAAAACAUUUACUGAAAAUAUACAGUUUCAGAAUGGAAAUCAAAAAACUUGAAAAAACCUGAGAAUGAAUGCCAAAGGUGCAUACCUUGAAAAUGUCCCUAUAACAGGGAAGUGUUACAUGCAUUACACUGAAUAAUAAUGAGGCAGACACAGAGCAUGGGGUGUUCACACGCCACACAGGCUUGCACAUUUAAUUCAACACAGGGGCUGCCACUAAGGUACCAGCAAUGGGCAGCAGUGUGGAGUAGUGGUUAGGGCUCUGGACUCUUGACCGGAGGGUCGUGGGUUCAAUCCCCAGUGGGGGACACUGCUGUUGUACCCUUGAGCAAGGUACUUUACCUAGAUUGCUUCAGUAAAAACCCAACUGUAUAAAUGGGUAAUUGUAUGUAAAAAUAAUGCGAUAUCUUGUAACAAUUGUAAGUCGCCCUGGAUAAGGGCGUCAGCUAAGAAAUAAAUAAUAAUAAUAAUAAUUUAAUAAAGAAAACGCUGGGUUAUGAUCAUAACCAUGGUUCCCUGAAAUAGAAAUGUAACCAUUAACGAAUCGGUAUUUACCUGUAAAGAUCCCGAAACCUGAAUAGAAUUCCAAAGCGGCACGCAAGCGGCUGUGUCGCUGCCGUGCUCGCCCCCGAGAGCAGAAGAGGACUGCAGAUACAGGUGCCAGCAUCCUUCAGACAUGCUGCAGUCAUGGACACAGCGACCUUGAAGGUUAAUGGUUACAUUUCUAUUUCAGGGAACCAGGGUUAUGAUAACAAGCCAACGUUCCCGAUCAAAUAUGAAAUGUAACCAUUACCGAAUGGGUGAGUGUACCAAAGCUGUCGUAAGGGCAAUAAUGCAGCUGACCCCAAACACUUUAGUUCCAAAGCCAGGGUUUUGGGGAUUCAUGACAUUCAGUCGAUAGAAUCUUGUAAAGGUAUGGGGAGUAGCCCAAACCACUGCAUUACGAAUCUCAUUGACAGACCCUGGAACAAAGCCCACGAAGUUGCCAUGCCCCUGAUUGAAUGGCCAGCGAGCUUUUCUGGCAGCGUUUUUACUGAGCCCAGCAGCUGUGCUUGUCUGUGCAAAAGACAGAAAAACACUCAAGAAAAUAUUCUCACAAAAAACAGUAGUAAACAAUUACAGUUCAGAAAAAAUCAUUCCAAAUGUAUUUACUGAUUUAUUUCCAGCUGGAGUUUUUAGCAGUCUGUAGGAGAGCACAAGUCAGCCGACUUAAGCUGCUUGAUCCCUGGAAGGGGCAGCAGAAGCCACCGGCUCCACGCGGGGCACAAGACUGCUGCGGGAAAUAACAAGCAACAGAGUGUGUGCAAAAAUUACGUGUAAUUAGUAAACAAAAAAUGCAGCGUUUCAAAAAUAAUUAUUGCGUUAGUAGCUAAAUAUAUGCAGGUAGAAGUAACCGGUACUUGCUCUCCCAUCAGGAUCUCUGAAAGGAAAAUGAUACUGAUACCUGCGUCUGUCUGAGAGUGUAAACUAUAGCCAAUGUUUGUCUUUUCUACCAGAGCACUCGAAUAAGGAGGUACCAAACCAUUACAAAACUUUAAACACAAAACAAUACCAAUAAAAAGCCUCUGGUUCAUAGGUGAGAGCCAGCCUAAUUGUAUGUACAUAUGAAAAAAUGUAUUGAAACCUAUGACUGUAAUAAAAAAUAAGUGCCAAAAAGUAAUGCAAGUGCAGAAGUGUGCAGUACAGGUGGGCUGCAUUACUGCAAAUUGUUUCCAGUGAAGAACUCUGAUAUGCAUCUUGGUCUGUGUUUACAAGUAUGGACUGCAAAAAAUCUCAAUUUUGAGACGAUGCACCAAGGUUACGAUAUGAUACGUACCACGAUACCAUACGUAUCACGAUACUAAUGAAAAACUAAUCUCUACUUGACAGACUUGAAAAUAAUCACAAUUUCAAUUCUAUAGUGUGACAGAAAGACAGUGAUUCUUGGUGGUAAAUCUCCCUCCCGACCUGUGACAGCGCUAAGUCACGGGAACAGAGUACCCUGGACUGUUUGGCCUGACACUUCAUUCCCAGGUGUAACAGGGCGAGGAGCCCUGUACAUGAUUAUUUCUCCACCCAUGUGCGAUUUAUUAUUUUGUAUUUGUUUUGUUUUAUUAUUAUUAUUAUUAUUAUUAUUAUUAUUAUUAUUAUUAUUAUUAUUAUUUGUAAAUGUGACGGCAAAGAGCUGUAUGUUUUGUAUUGUUUUGCAGUGUGGAUGGGAAGCCUCAUCCACAUUAAAAGCCUCGUGCAGAAGGAGACCAUCUCCCGAGUUAAUUAAUUGUUCCUAACUGGGAGAUGGUCACCUGCAUAUAAGCCUGCAGCUCUCUGCACUCGGGGUGGGUGUUCGGAGGAGUGAACGAGAGCGGAGGAGACGAGAGAAAUCAAAUUAAAAAUAAAUCUAGGAACAGUGAAGGCGAUGUGCCCAGCCUGACCUGGAUCAUUUUUUUUUUGUUAUUGUGUUAGUGAUAAUUGUUUUGUGUAACCUUUUUGUUUUGCUCUGUGAGCAAGUGUUUUUGUUUGAAUAUUUUUAUUUUAUUUCUGUUUAAAUAAACGGUGCCGCAGCGUCUUUUGCCUUGCAGUACGUACUUGUUUGUUUUCUUCCUGCAUCUGGCCUGUCGUCACCACUCAGCCAACCCUUUUACAUUAGGGUUAAAAGGAAGUCGGUCAUUUAGAAAGGGGGCGGAGCUUCGGUGCAUUAACUCAUCGACCCAGAAGGGAAAUGAUGUGGCAGCUGCGGAUUGGAGGAGCGGCUGCAAUUGUUUACCAAGGGGUCAUGAGUGACGGUAUAAGUAGGGGACGAAGCAACGUAAUCUGUUCCUUCAUUUUGGUUAGAGAAAACAACCUGGACCUGAGUUUUGUGUAACUGUAUCGUGAGUGUGUGUUUCUUUGUCUCUAAUUGUGUCUUGUUAUUAGUAGAUGGGCAGCAGUGUGGAGUAGUGGUUAGGGCUCUGGACUCUUGACCGGAGGGUUGUGGGUUCAAUCCCCAGUGGGGGACACUGCUGUUGUACCCUUGAGCAAGGUACUUUACCUAGAUUGCUCCAGUAAUAACCCAACUGUAUAAAUGGGUAAUUGUAUGUAAAAAUAAUGUGAUAUCUGUAUAAUGUGAUAUGUUGUAACAAUUGUAAGUCGCCCUGGAUAGGGGCGUCUGCUAAGAAAUAAAUAAUAAUAAUAGAUGGCUAACACGUCCCGGAGCUGUCGCCAAGGGCCAGCACAAACCAGGAACAGCACUGCACUUGUAUCACAGAUAACUGUAUCUGCACCACAAGCACUAAUUCACUCACUAACGGACUUGUGUAUGUGUUUUGUGUUUCGUGUGGGUGUAUAAAGAAUGGGGACAAACCCGGGGAUUACAAUUUAAGUAACACACGGCGCUGUAUUACUUCGCCUCAUUUAUUGUUUACAGUUUGUUUUGUCAUCAGGCACUGGAUAUACAAACCCAUUAAACAACUUUGCACCUGGAUUGAUCAUCUGCACCUGCACACUGUUAACCACUUUGCCACAUAUAGACACAGAUUCAAUUCAAAAUAAAUUAUAUUUAUUUCCCAUAAAGUAGUAAACCACUAGUUUGAAUUUAAAGACAACUGUUCCUGGGAUAUCCAUUUUAGCUGAAUUAACCAAAUCUCCUUACCACAUUCCUGUGAAAGGAAAAAAAAAAAUACUAAGCAAUGUGUUUGAUAACUGUUAAAGUACAAACUUUGUUCAUGUGUUUCUUUAGAAAAAUCUAAAUAUGAAGUUUUUAAGUUGUGAUGUCUAAUCAAUAACAAUUUCAAUAUUUUUAAAAAGCGUUUUUGUUUGCAUCAUACAUAACUAACUCAAUAAAUUAUUAUAAGACAUUAUUAAUAUUAUUUGAUUAUUUUAUUUUAUUAUUAUACCAUAUAUUUUAUCAAUAAUUAUUUGUAUUUUUGAAGUUAAGGUUGAGUAUAUUAUUGUAUUUUGUAUGCUAUUCUACACUGUGCUGUUUUUAAAUGUGGUUAGAAAUCAUUUUAAAUUAUUAGAUUAAAAAUAAUGAUACAAUGAGUGUUAAAUAAGUCAUUUUCAUCAAUAUUAACACAUUUCUUUAAAGAAAGUAACAUAUUCAAUCAAAUCUAAGUCCAAGGGUUAUUCAACCAAAUAAAAACAUUAUUAGGGUGCUGUGACAGAAACACAGUGAUAGUGAGAACAGAGUACCUUGGACGGGCUGGCCCGACAGUUCUUUCCCAGGGGUCAAGGGAAGUCAGUCAGCUAGAAAGGGGGUGGAACUCUGGUGCAUUAACUCAUCGACCUGGAAGGGAAACGAUGUGGCAGUCACAGAUUGGAGGGGCGGCUGCACUUGUUUACCAAGGGGUCACGUGUGACGGCAUAAAAGGAGACGGAGAGACGAAAUCUGUUUCUUCACAUUGGUUUAAUGAUAGAACCGGAAGGACCUGUGAGGAAUACCUGUGAUAAAGUAUCGUGAGUGUUUUGUUUGUUGUGUUACUAAUUAUUGUUGUUUGGUAUUAGUAGACGGCUAACAUGUUCCAGAGCUGUCGUCGAGGGCCAGCACAAACCCGGAACAGCACUGCACUACUGUCAAGUAUAAACCUGUAUCACCCACCACGAGCACUACUGCACACACCCAGGACUGGUGACCGUGUUUGUAUAUUGUGUGAAGGAUACGUGUGUUUAUUUUUUGAGACUGCAACCCCGUUAU